AUGGCCGGCGGUAGACCAGAUCAGGAGGCCAAAGGACUUCCUGUGUUUGCGACGACAUCUGCGCCGCUGGGCCUCAUGGGGCCGAUGCUGUUUGCGAUGGCGAGCGUGACGGACGACGUGGACGUCGCCGCGGAGCUGCCGCUGUGGUCAUGGGUGAGCCGGUCGUACGCGCAGCAGCGCCACCUCGCCAACGCGUCGCUGCGGAAGAGCAAGAGUACGCAGCCGCAGCACUUGGUGGUGAUGGGCAUACCCUCAACAGACCAGCCAAUGCGCUAUCCGCUGCGGGAUGCGCAGCGCGCGACGUGGCUGACGUACCGCGAGGUUGCGCGCGCCGAGAAUAACUUCACUGGCGCGCUGCUACAGCUGUACGUAUUCGCUGCUGCAGAGCGUCGUUCUGACGACUCGCCGCGCGACACCGUGGACACGGCGCAGCUCGCUCCAACGGUGAACGAGUACGCUACGGCGAGCUUACAGCGGCUGGCGGUAGAGGGCGGCGACACCACCAAUGCACCCAGCUACGUGCAGCGUCGCGUGGUGUUGCGUGAUGGAUGGCGCGACGUCUCCAAAGCCGAUGGCGCCGUGUGGGAGUCGCCUUGCAUCGGUGUGAAGGCCUCCGUGGUGAGUCCAGAGGGAAUUGUGGGCGGGGCUACGUCACUUACGAAGCUCUCCUCUGCGCUGUCGCUGCCGGCGACACCCGCCUUCACUUCGGCGGCGCGGUACAUGUGCCACGUAUCCACUGCGCUGUGGCAGGAGGCGCUGCACCAUCGCAACUCGCUGUGGCUCGAUUUGUUGACGGACCGCCAUCCGACUACAAACAAGAAGAUGGGCAUGUCUAACUCGUGGGGUGUUCCGACGGAAGUCGGGAUGAGCCAAAAGGUCGUGAUAUGGCUAAACUACGCGUACACUGCCUUCCCAGACGUGCCGUACUUGAUGAAGGGCGAUGACGACAUGUACCUGAAGGUACCGCAGUACCUCAGCGACCUACGCUACACGCAACAGGGUGAGUGGGGGAGACCGCGUAGCUUGAUGGCGACCAUUCCGCACGGCGACGUUAUACCGGCGACGCUGGGCAUCGAUGGCACGAAGGAUUGCCUGUAUCGAGUGUGGCGGCUGUACUACGGUGACAUCAUAUAUGGCAACGGGGUGGGCUACAUUCUGGACCGACGCCUCGUACAAGCUGCGCUGAACCCAUUUGAUGGCAGCAAUGUUCUUCUGCUCAAGCUGUUGACCGAGCCGUACAAUUCCAGCCUGCACAACGAAUACCUCAGCUUGAUCAUGCAGUAUGAAGAUGUGCUUGUGGGGAAACAGGUGAAAGACCACCUCGGGGCUGUGAGGCAGUUGUGCCCGGGGCGGCGCGUGUGCUACAUGGCGGACAGGAGGUCCCGGGCACACCAGAUUCUGCGACCAGUACCUUCCAGACUCACAUGGAACUCGGUGAUAACGCACUUUGGAAUGCCAGCGAUACCCUACUAUGUCCACUACUUCCACAAGAACGAGCUCAAGGUGGCAGAGGAGGCGAAGCGCCUGAUUGAGCGGGGGUUCGAUGUGAAUGCAAUUGAGGCGAAUGCUACAAAGUGCAUGGAAGACUGGGUGGCGUCCCAGGUACCGAAGACCCUGGUGGGCCUAGGAAGCGUACUCGAUCUGAGCUGGGUACGCGGCAAGCCACGCACCACGUAUGUUGUGGCCGAGGGGGACGACGUCGCGGUGUAUGAUGUUCGGUACAAACGCGCCAAAGCGCACAUUGCCAAGUGUAUUUGGGUGUCGGGCUAG